AUGAGUCGGGCAGAGCCUAAAGAUUGCAUGUCCACGUAUGGAAAUGGUCUUGAAGAAGGGACUUUCAACCUCCUUGCUGUCACCAAGAAUGGCAGCAACCCUAAGCAAUCCGACACGUUUUCACCACCGUACAAUACAACAUUACCCGUGCUUGCUUAUUUCCACCCCCUGGAAUAUCCACAGAAAGUGCAGGAUUGGUGCUCAAAAUAUUAUGAAAUCGACUACUGUUUGACAACAACUGCAGAACACGAAUGUCAGUUAAAGUAUAGUUCGAUGAUUCUAUACAUUGCUAUCGUCUGUAACGUCGUGAAGCUUGCGUCAAUCUUGGCAUGCCUUCUCAUGUCUCGAGAGCCAAUCUUCGCAACUAUCGGCGAUGCCAUGGAUUCAUUUCUUCGACGCCCAGACCAAGCGUCAAGAGGUCGUUGUCUGAUGUCAAAGUUAGAUGACCGGAUCUUUCCUGACAAUGACGAGACCGGCCAGUACAUCCCCUUGGAUUCUUAUCCCCCACAGCCUUGGGUUGAGGGUAACCUGUGGCUUGGAAGACAUGGGACUCUCCGGCGUUGGACAGCUUGUAUAUUCUUAUGGCUAGCAAGUGUUGUUGUUGGAAUCGUCUUCAUGGUGAAAGGAAUCAACCUUGUUGGCCUAAAGAAAGCUUUCUCCAUGGGAUUUGGAGCUCUAAGUCUUAACGCCAUCGCUGCCGCAUCCGGCUAUGAGGGUGGUAGCUCUAAAUCGAUUCUCACCACUUCUCUAAUUGCCAACAUUCCCCAACUUCUUCUCUCUGGACUAUACUUCAUGUACAAUGCGGUCCUCACAAGCAUGGCCGCUACCCACGAAUGGAGCAUGUUUGCCCACAAACGGAUCACUCUCCGAGUCACUCUCCCAGUGGGCGCGCAACGGGAGACAUAUUGGCUCGGACUUCCAUGGCGAUAUUCUUUACCAUUUUUGAUAUGCAGCACUGUUUUUCACUGGCUGAUUUCACAGUCUAUCUUUCUAAUCAACAUCACCAUCUAUCAGCCGAACACCGAGGUUCUAACAAAACCAACCGAUAAUUUCCCUGGAGUGAGAAACACUGGCAUGAUUACGGCAUGUGGAUAUAGUCCACUUGCAAUUGCAUGUGCGCUUGGGGUUGCAUUGAUACUGCUUUUUGCUUUGCUCGUCUUGAGCUCGCGAAAACUGAAGCCUGGGAUGCCUUUGGUGGGUAGUUGCAGUCUGGGUAUAAGUGCUGCCUGUCAUCCUCCUAUAUUAGAUGAGUCGGCUGCUAUCAAGCCAUUGCUUUGGGGUGCUGUGGCGCAUGAGAAGAAUGGAAAACCAGGUCAUUGUUGUUUGACCUCUUUCGAGGUGGAGAGGCCGAGGGAAGGAGUUUAUAUGCCGGCUACUAAUGAUGAGAUUUUCACUUUGUACGUCAAAACGCCAAAAAUUGGCCUGCUCCUGCUUAUUUUUAUCCAUGGAUUGCCAUUCUGGUUAGUGUGUCGGGAUACUCAGAUCGUGAGUAUCUACAAUAGCUUGCUAUUGGACUUCAGCUCACGCCGCAAGUGGUCUACGUAUGCGUGUAGUACGUGCGGUAGUUGUAAGUUGUAA